CUGGAAUCAGGAAAUAUAAAAAAAAAAUAAACACACAUAUCCCGAUAUAAACAUAAACAAACAAUAUCGAUAUAUGAUAUUUUUUGUAUAAUAUCAACAGUCCUAUUUAGUUGACAGUCGAGUGCCCGACCAGUUUGUACAUCAAAAUUCAGGUUGUUUCACUUGAGAAUAUAGAAAAUUGAGGCAAAAUGGCUGCACGCGACGCCGCAUCGAACCAGUUGAUUGACUACAAAAACUCCCAAACGGUUUCACCAGGAGUUGUUACCACCGGUCAUGGUGCACCCAUUGGCAUCAAGGAUGCCACUCAGACUGUGGGUCCCCGCGGUCCUGUCCUGCUCCAGGAUGUUAACUUCCUCGAUGAGAUGUCGCACUUCGAUCGCGAGCGCAUUCCAGAGCGCGUUGUCCACGCCAAGGGAGCCGGCGCUUUUGGCUACUUCGAGGUGACCCACGACAUUAGCCAGUACUGUGCCGCCAAGAUGUUCGACAAGGUCAAGAAGCGCACCCCUCUGGCCGUGCGUUUCUCCACGGUGGGCGGCGAGAGCGGAUCGGCCGAUACGGCCCGUGAUCCUCGCGGAUUCGCCGUCAAGUUCUACACGGAGGACGGCGUCUGGGAUCUGGUAGGCAACAACACGCCGAUCUUCUUCAUUCGCGACCCCAUCCUGUUCCCCAGCUUCAUUCACACUCAGAAGAGGAACCCCCAGACGCAUCUGAAGGAUCCCGACAUGUUCUGGGACUUCCUCACCCUGCGUCCCGAGUCCACGCACCAGGUGUGCUUCCUGUUCGGCGACCGUGGCACUCCCGAUGGCUAUUGCCACAUGAACGGAUACGGAUCGCACACCUUCAAGCUGGUCAAUGCCAAGGGUGAGCCGAUCUACGCCAAGUUCCAUCUGAAGACGGAUCAGGGCAUCAAGAAUCUGGACGUGAAGGCCGCUGAUCAGCUGGCCAGCAGCGAUCCCGACUACAGCAUCCGGGACUUGUACAACAGGAUCAAGACCUGCAAGUUCCCCAGCUGGACCAUGUACAUCCAGGUGAUGACCUUCGACGAGGCCAAGAAGUUCAAGUACAAUCCCUUCGACGUGACCAAGGUCUGGCCGCACAAGGAGUAUCCUUUGAUCCCGGUGGGCAAAAUGGUGCUGGAUCGUAACCCCAAGAACUACUUUGCUGAGGUGGAACAGAUUGCCUUCAGCCCCGCCCACAUGGUGCCCGGCAUUGAGCCCUCUCCCGACAAGAUGCUCCAGGGUCGUCUCUUCUCCUACUCGGACACCCAUCGCCAUCGCCUGGGACCCAACUACUUGCAGAUUCCCGUCAACUGUCCCUACAAGGUCAAGGUGAACAACUACCAGCGCGAUGGAUUCAUGAACGUGACCGACAACCAGGACGGUUCCCCCAACUACUUCCCGAACUCGUUCAAUGGACCCCAGGAGUGCCCGAGGGCCAGGGCUCUGUCCACCUGCUGCCCGGUUACCGGGGAUGUCUAUCGCUUCAGCAGCGGUGAUACCGAGGACAACUACGGCCAGGUCACCGACUUCUGGGUGCACACACUGGACAAGUGCGCCAAGAAGCGCCUGGUGCAGAACAUUGCCGAUCACUUGAACAACGCCAGCCAGUUCCUCCAGGAGCGCGCUGUCAAGAACUUCACCUUGGUCCAUGCCGACUUCGGCCGCAUGCUCACCGAAGCUCUUAACCUGGCCAAGUCCUCGAAGUUCUAAGCGAGGCGGUCGAUUCUCUGAAAUCCCAUCCGAUUUCUGGCCUUAAUAGUUACGCCCCUGGAAUUCUGUCCAACGAUUCCCAAUCCGACUAUGACUAACAAAGCGAAACGCUUUCGGCUCCUUGGUUGCGGGCUAAAAUACUUUACCCAUACGAUGUGCUUGUCUUGUUUUGAUAUUCAAAAUUGUCGUAGUUAUACACUUAAUAAAUUUAUACGCAAUGGUUACAAAUAAAUUCAUAUACCUAUUUUUUGAUAAAAA